AUGGACGAAGCUAACCUUACGAAAUCGUUAGAAGCCCUUGCGGGUGUUGAAGAUGAUGUUGAGGCGGUCGAAAGAGAAGUUGAAAUACUAAGGCUUUCAAAGCUCUCUCCAAUUUAUGCGACUCGGAACAAAGCGAUCGUUGGUAUUCCAGAAUUCUGGAAAGUUGUGCUUUCGCAGCACUCUGAUUUUGCGAAUUAUGUGCGCGCGGCUGACUUGAAGUAUGUAGACUGCAUCAAUUCGAUUAGUGUCAAGUGGCCUUGCACGGAUGAUACAACAGCAGACAACAGAGAAUUUUCGAUAACAAUAGACUUUGAAGGGAUAGAAGGAGAUUUUGAUAGUCAAGUAGUGACCAAAGUGUUCAAAAUUGAGCAUGAUGUCUCAAAAUUGAGGUACAAGGGAAAGGCUACAGAGGAAGAACUUUUGAGGGACGAGGAGUUAGGGUUUUUGACUAGCACACCUUGUGAAAUAAAAUGGCCCAAGUCUUUCAAUCAUAUAAAUCCAGGACUAGUAGUUGACAAAUCCACCGUCGAGGGUAAGAAAAAUUAUCGUACGGGUAUGAAAUCGCUCUUCGCUUGGUUCAAGUGGACUGGUCUUAAAUUGGGAAAGGAGUUCCCAAAUGGAGAUGGGCUUGCAGCGCUCUUUAGGGACGACAUAUUCCCCAAUUGCACCAAGUAUUAUACAGAAGCUCAGAUUGACCUAGAAGAUGAAAACAUUGAAGAAGAAGAUAUGAGUGACGAGCCGCUGCAGCUAGAUUCAGACUUUGAUGACUAUGAGAGAGAUUCCAAACGCCAUAAAGCAUAA